AUGGUCAGCACAGCCUCCAACCACUCGCAGCGGAGCGAUAACAGCUACGACUACUUAUCUGUGGAAGAAAAAGAGUGUUUGAUGUUCUUAGAAGAAACUAUUGGCUCCCUGGACACAGAAGCCGACAGCGGGGUCUCUACUGAUGACACUGACUACGUGGAGCCCUCCAAGCCUCCCGGGAUGUGGCCCAGGAGAGACUCCGUGUCCCGGGAGUUGGAAAAUGGGGCUCCCCCUCCGAACGAGAUGGCCAAGGAGGACAGGCUUGACCAAGCCAACACGAGAAGCCAGAAGUCGUCCCUGGGAUCUUUGAUUAUCCAGCCUCCCGAUCCCUUCCGGGAUGACCUGGUGAGCCAUGAGUGGGCACGCAGCAGUCGCUCAGGUGCCAAGGGGGAAACAGCCAAGGAGACCAAGUCAUGGCUUUCUUGGGGCCAGCCAGAGAAAUCUACCUUGGAAGAAGCCCCUCAGGACCCAGAUGCCAAGCGUGGGCCUCCAACUGCCCCCAAACCGCGGAAAUUACCACCAAAUAUUAUCUUGAAAACCAGCAAGAACAGCCCAGGGCCACUUGCCAUGGAGCCCGGCCAGAAGGCAAAUUCAGGGCACCUGGACCCCAAGGAGAGGGAGAAAGUCCGGCAGCAGGCACUGGAGAAGCUCGGACUGUCACAGGACAGGAGGGAGCUGAGGACCCACCUCCAACCCACCACACAUCCCCAACCACACGAGAUGCCAUCGCCCGCUCCCGGGGAGCCUGAGGUACGCUGCGGGGUGGCAGAGAGGUCAGUGCCGGGUGUUCGGCAGAUGAACUUCAAAUCCAACACCCUGGAGCGCUCCGGCGUGGGGCUGAGCAGCUACAUGGCCAGCACCAAGGAGCAGAGCGUCAAGACCAGCAGCUCCCUGGGCAAGAUGUCCUUCAUCGAGCGGCUCGCCCCCAGCUUCCUCAGGAGCAGCCGUCCCCGGCCGGUGUCCCUCGCGGUGGGGAAGGACUUUGCUGGUCUGAAGGAGCCCAGACAGGCAGAGCCUGAGAAAAGCAGCAAGCAGCGAUCCCAGCCUACGCAGAGCUUCCCCAGGCCACCCCGCUCCUGCGUCAGCGUGAAGAUUUCCCCCAAGGGCGCGACCGAUGAGAACCGGCGGGAGGCUCUGAAGAAGCUCGGUCUGCUGAAAGAAUAG